AUGGCGUAUGUUCAGUGUUCCGAAGAUCUGACCUGCUCUGUUUGUCUGAGCAUCUUCACGGAUCCAGUGACUCUGCCCUGUGGACACUCUUUCUGCAGACAGUGUGUCAUAGAAGUCCACAGCUGUCCACAGUGUCGGGAAGCUCUUUCAACAGAAGCCAAGUGUCUCCCGACCAGCGUUGUUCUGAAAAACCUCGCUGAGAAGGUCAGAGAAGCGGAGAAGAUGAAGGAAGAGGGUGGGAGUGAGAAAGCAGAGUUUCAUGACUUGUGCCCUGAACAUGAGGAAAAGCUGAAGUUAUUCUGCGUCACAGAGCAGCAGUUGGCUUGCAUCAUAUGCAGAGAUGGGGAGAGGCAUGAAGGACACAAGUUUAAACCAAUCAAAGAGGCAGCUACAUCGCUGAGGAAGGACUUGGAGACGUCUGUGCAAGAUGUGUUAGAUGAUAUCCAUGCUAUAGAAAGCCUGGCCAACACACAGAGGGAAGAAAUAACAAAAACCAAAGAGAAGUCUGAGCAGCUGAAGACCCAAAUCAGAAGACAGUUUGAGGAGAUGCACCAGUUCCUGCAGAGGAGAGAAGAUGAGAUAAAGAAUGAGCUGAAACACAAAGAGGAAGAUGGUAUAGAGAAGAUGAGUCACAGCUUAAAGGCCAUAGAAACAGCUUUGUCUGAGAGGAAAGAGAUGGAAUUAAAAACAGCCUCUAUUUUGGAGAUCUCAGACUCAGAGAAGUUUUUAAAGAGCUGGACUGAAGGCAAAAGUAUGAUGACCACAGAAGAUUUGUUCAAGCCCAGAGCGAAAGAGCUUCAAUUGGUGAACACUUCUCUCUCUUUGGGCCCUUAUGAAAGUCACCUGCAGUUCUUCAUGUGGAAGGAGAUGCUUCAGGUGAUCCAGCCCAGAGCAGAGCAGCUCUCACUCAGAAGCAACAGUACAGUUUUAUCUGUGUCUGAUGAUGGUCGGAGUUUGUUUUCUGCUCCCCAAAGCAACCAAGCGGAUUUAUUUUCUAAAUUUGGACAAUCAGCUUUUGAUGUCCUGACAGGACUCAACACCACACCUUCCCCUGUUGUCUUAGGUUCAUCAUCAUAUCAAGCCAAACCUCGUGAUAUGGGUUUAUUUGCCGCCCCCCCCAAAUUCGCUGGGCAGAGUGAGAACAUUUCCUCCUUGCCUUCCUCUCGCACAAACUAUGCAUCCAGUGUCACUGAGUUUACUUCAGGGCAGCAUUACUGGGAGGUAGAGGUUGGAAGCAGAGACUACUGGGAGCUGGGGCUAAAAGAUAAUAGCCUGAGGUAUGAUGGGAAAAAAUAUUACGCCUUUCAUCAAACUGUGGGUCUACCACUAGUAUUUGAAGGCAGACCUCGAAAGAUUGGAGUUUACCUAAACUGUUCAUCCAAGAAACUCUCCUUCUAUGAUGCAGACAACAUGAAACAUAUCCACACUGUGAGCCCUGAUCUCACAUCCAUGCCAGUGUCAGCGUAUUUUAACAUCAGACACAAAGAACCAGAUCGUAACCCCAUUACAGUGUGCUGGUACUGAACAGAGCAAUGAUCCAGCCAGAAAUCCUUGGCAGGUAAAUGAAAGAUGUUGUAUUUGGGAACGUUGUGUUUCACAAGUUAAUAUUUUUGAUCUAAUUUCCACAGAACACUGAAUACUUGCAGCUGAACACUGCUGGUAAAAAUAGAAUUGAUCUAAAAUGUAACAUAUUCAUUUAAUGACUAUUUCCUGAUUACCAUUUGGAUCUUUAACUUAUAGCUGUUCAAAGUCAUGAAGAAUCCAACUGAAGAAUGUUAGUUAAUCUUUUGAGUAACACUGGUGCCAGAUUAUGUACUUCUGACCUAAUACAUACAUUUUUUUGAUAGUUUUUUCUUCUUUUAAUGAGUGAGUAACUCGGAUUUAUUACUACUACUCCAUUCUCCUUUACUACCAAAUUGGAUUGUUGUCAACAUCUUGUAAUUUACUGCAAAAUACCAGCCAAGUUUUAGGUCAUAACAAGAACUUUUCCAGCAGCAAAUACAGGACUCCUAAAAACAUUAUAUUUUCUGUUGUUGGGUGAUAAAAUAUCCAAAAAUCUUGCAAAUACAAUCACAUUACUGGGUUUAUUUAAAAACAAACAAAAAAACAAGUAAUGUGGUUUACUAAAUCUAAGACAACAUGGGGGAUGCUCCAUAUAGGCCUUUACUAAGCUGAAAGUUCAGAACUAUGGAACCAGAGGAGCCGAACUGAGGAACUAGACAGAGAAGUUGCUAGAAAGAGUAAAUAAAAAAUCUUGCUGUGCUUUUUUUUUUUUUUUUUUUUAAUGCACUGUAAAGCUGUGUUUGAGGUCUGUUAGUGAUUAUUGUUUUAUUUCAUUUUAUUUUGGACCAGUAUUGUUAGUCUCUUGUAAGUUUGGUUGAUCACUGUACACAUGGUGAGGGGACUGGGUGUUUACUGUAAUGUUGCAGUGUAUAAAAUAAUAAAAAACUCAAUUUACACUACAGAAUAGAAGUGCACACAGGUGGUAGCUUACUAAUUAGAAAUCAUUUUAUAAAGCUGUUCAUGUGGUAAAUUUAUUAAGAAAGAACUGUUUGCAGACAUGUCUUAACGAUUCAGUCACUUGUAUAUUCAGUUAUAAAAUAAAUCCUGCUAACACGUGGUAGCAGCGUUAAGAAUGCAAUUUUGUGUUUUUUGCCUCUUUUUGUUGAAAGGUAAAAUGUCAGUGUUGCCCAUUAAAACACUCU